AUGCAAGAGAAAGUCAAAAAGUUUAUUAUAAAUGAUAGGCAUUGCAAUAACAAAAGGAUAUUUUUAAUAUUUAGCAUACAUUUUAAAGAAAAUGGAACGACCAACGGGGAAGUGCUUAAAAUUAAAGGCACAGCAAUAAUUACAUAA